AUGAUCUCUAUCAAAUAUCAAUAUGAAGACUCAGAAGAAUUAAAUAUUUGUGAAUAAGCAUCGAAUUCCUUUCUAUUAUUCAACCAAACUACUUAAAGCUAAGAAACUAAUGCCACAAUUUCAAAAACUAUAAAAAAAAAAACUCAUUCACGAAGAAAAUGCUAUAUUUAUGGAGACAAAGACAGGAGCAGCGCACUUUACAAAUACAUAAAAGAAAAAUAAAGAAGCUAUUUGGAUUUAAAUUCAAAAGCCUAUAACUCCACAUUUACUCCAGAGGAAGAUCGAAUACUGUUACUUUUGGUAAAAAAAUUAGGACCUAAAUUUUAAAAGAUUACCAAAUACUUCCCAGGAAAAACAAUGAAUAUGUUAAAGAAUCGAUAUUACAAAAGUCUUAAAAACUCAGAAGCUUCAAUAAUCCCNUUAAAUAAUAAAUAUCAAAAAUUUGUUUUCUAAAUACAAUCAAAGCCUAAUAAUUAAAGAAUAUAAACUCUGAUAAAUGGCCAUAUCGAAUGUAUUCAAUAAAUUCUAAAUCAAACUGAGAAAAUUAAAUUGAUUAAAAUUAAAUCCUUAAAAAUUAAAAGAGUUUUCAUUUAUUUAUAUUUAUAAAAUAAUUUCAUAGUAAAAAUAAUUGGUAUGUCAUUAAAUUAUAUUAUCCAUUAAAUUAUUGUAUUAUGA